AUGAAUUAUAAAGAUGCAGACCCUGAAGGAAGCGUAUGUUCUCAACCCACUGCAAGCUAAACAGGGGAAAACUUUCACCAAAAGAAAGUUACUUUUGCCAGAUCAAAGCAUGUCACUAAAUGCCAGAAUUGCUAAUUAUAAGACUUACAAUUAAAAAAGUUGACAGAACAAAUUUAAAAUAUAGAGGAAUUACUUAUUAGUUUUCAAUAACAAAUAGAAGAGCGGAAUUAGGAAAAUAAAAAGCAAAACUAAAAAUAAGAGGAGUUGCUUCUGGAAUUACAAAUAAUUAGUGAAAAACAUCUUUAAGAAUUAAUUAACAAUGGAAUAUUAUAAAAACAAAACAUUGAAUUUCGCAAAGAAAUUUUGAAAUUAGAAUAGGAAAUAUCAAAGAGUCAAUGCCAAAAUUUAGAACUUACAAAGAGAUCUUCUGAAUUGAAAUUCAUUGAAUCUCUAAUUUAAAUGUUUAUGAGCUUUCAUUCUAAAGUGCAAUUCCCAGCGCCACCUCAGUUAAAAUAGGUUUGGAAAUGGUUGAAAUAGAUUGUUUCAGAAUAUGCAAUACUCAAAUAAAAAGAAUUAUUACUUCAUAAAUGA